UGUACUACUUUUGGCAAUGUAUUACUAUUAUAAUUUUCUUCUUCAAUGGGAAUAUUAACCUUCAUUACUUACCUUCAUAAGAUCCAUACCUCUGAGUCUGAAUCUAACAAUGCUCAAUGUCAUACAUCCUCAGAUGGCUAUGGCAAAUCCAGUUUUACAAUCCUUUUCGCGACUUCCGUCGGGUUAAUAAUGGCUGCCAUUACAUAUUUACAUCAGCGCAAUCUUCAGCAUCAAAAACUUGUCCCUAGGCUCAAAUGUGAUAGCUCUAAAAGGGUGGUGAAACUCGAGCGGUUUUCCCAUUAUGUAGGAAGGCAAUUAGGAUUCUCUGACAGAAGGCUAUGCCCACAGCUCAACAGAUUGGCAUCUGAUUAUAUACAAAAGAGAGAUGGUUGGGAGGAUACCGCCUACUCCUUUUUCGCACAUGAUCCAGAUUGUGAUUCACUUUUCAUCAAGCUAGUAGAGGAAUUUGAACGCUGCAUACUCAGUUACUUCGCCUUUCAUUGGAGUUAUGCAGAAACUGCCCUCAAACAGGUGAUGCAGGGACCAGAUCACGAGCCAAGAAAGAAGCUCAAGAAUAUAUUGCUUGCAGCAUCGAGGGAGAAGAUAAUUGAGAAGGUGACCAAAGAUUUAAAGGUAGCCAGAGUAUUUACCACACUGGUACAGGAAAUGAAAGCAAUUGGACUCGCUCAACCAAAACCAGAGAUCGAUGAAUCCGAAUGUACAGAUGUUAUGGCGCCAGUGGCUUUCAAAGAUAGAAGUCCAGUUCUCCUCUUCAUGGGUGGUGGAAUGGGAGCUGGGAAGAGUACUGUGCUUAAAGACAUCCUCAUUGAACCAUUUUGGCAAGAAGCAUCAGGGCAGGCGGUAGUCAUAGAAGCAGAUGCUUUCAAAGAAACAGAUUUAUUUUAUAAAGCCCUAAGCUCCCGGGGCCAUCAUGAUGCGGUCCACACAGCUGAACUGGUUCACCAAUCAUCUGCUGAUGCAGCAGCUUCAGUUCUCGUAACAGCACUCAAUGAGGGCCGAGAUGUUAUCAUGGAUGGCACCCUAUCUUGGGUGCCUUUCGUGGUGCAGACAAUAACUAUGGCCAGGAAUGUCCACCGUAAGAGGUACCGUAUGGGGCCUGGAUAUCAUGUGGCUAAGGAUGGAAAGGUAACAGAAAGCUACUGGGAACAAGUAGAAGACGAAGAGGAAGAGCUAACAACCCUUAAAAAAAGAAGGCCAUACCGAAUAGAGCUGGUUGGUGUUGUUUGUGAUGCCUAUUUAGCUGUUAUUAGAGGCAUAAGGAGGGCUAUCUUGUGCGGAAGAGGUGUAAGGGUGAGUUCACAGCUUAAAUCUCACAAAAGAUUUGCAAAUGCAUUUCCAACAUAUUGCCAACUAGUAGACCAGGCCAGGUUAUAUUGCACAAAUACUUUGGAAGGACCGCCAAAGUUGAUAGGAUGGAAGGACAGAGACAAGACCCUACUUGUUGAUCCAGAGGAGUUCAAGUGUGUUAAGCUAAUUGCAGAGUUAAAUGAGGAUGCAGACAACAUUUACGAACUUUACAAGAGACCAAACCCAGCGUGCCAAGACGGCUCUAUAUGGAAUGACAUAGUAUCAUCACCUUCAAGGUUAAAUGUGCAACAGGAACUGAAGUAUUCAAUCCAAAGAGUUGAAGAGACGAUUGACACCAGAGAUAGCACAAGCAUCUUAUAGAACCAGUAGGAUCUGGAUACCUGGAUGGCUGGAUCCCAGAGGGCGCAAGCUGAAAUCUGUUGCCAUCUCGACCGUCUGAUUCUACAAUUAUCUAACCAGGGAACUCGUCAGACAAAACAAUGUUAAAAAAGUUUAUAUGUAGAUCCAAGCACAUCUACCUGCUAAUAUCAAUUUAGAUUUUACAGCUGCAGCAUCAUUCUAAGCCAAGUAUACAAAAUACAGGUCAAUACAGCACAACUAACAGCAUGUUGUUUACUAAGUUGCAUCAGGCUGCCAACCCAAUGCAUAUACAUCCAAAUGCCAAGUAUUGCCAACACUAAGAAAAAGUUUGGAUCUUUAAAUUUCAUUGAUAAAAUAUC